AUGUCAAGUGACACAUCAGCAAGGUCGGUAAAGAAAAUGAAGACGAGCACGAGGUCAUUGAUGAAGCAUCUAAUAGGCGUUGUGUGUCAUUUGUCUUCAAAAGUAGAUCUUGUAUUGCAGAAACAUGAUAAACCAAAUACAAGGUUUAGUGGGGAGGACUUGGUAAAUGAAGAGGAGGAAGAGGGAGAUUACCAUGGUUCGGAGAUGAAUUUUGACGAUACUUUUGUUCAUGGGUUGGAGAAGGAAUUUGGACCUAGUGGUACGGGGCAUGUAGUUGAGUCGUCACCGGAGAUUGUUCAACUUGACAACAAAACAACCACACCUAUUGCUAGGCCAUACCGAAUGAUGGUUCCUUCGCAGUUGUAUUAA